CCGGAAGGCUCCCAUCCCAUAGUCUUGUCUGGGUAGAUACAAGGGGCGGCCAUCUUUGUACUCCAGAGACCAAGCUAGAGGUGGACGGUGCUGUGGGCAGAGAGUGACAGGUUAAACCCACUGGAACUUUGAAGACUGUGUGUUUUUACAUGUCCACAAAACCAUAUGAACACAUAAAGCCUGCUACUUCAAAUUCUAAAACAUGUCAAAAGCAACCAAACGAAAACAUGUAGUGAAAGAGGUUUUACUGGAAUAUGUUCAGCCUACAGAGAAUCAGCGCAUAGUGAAGGUUUUAGGCAGCCCUGGAAAUAACCUCCAUGAGGUGGAGACUGCAGAGGGCGAGAAGUUUUUAGCCAGCAUGCCCACCAAAUUCAGGAAGAACAUUUGGAUCAAGAGAGGAGAUUAUGUUAUUGUUGAUCCGAUUGCUGAAGGAGAAAAGGUGAAAGCUGAAAUAUCCUUUAUCAUCUAUAAGGAUCAUCAAAGACUUCUACAGAAAGAAGGCCUUUGGCCAGCUGCGUUCAGUAAAGAAAUCGAAAAUGAUGCCAAGGGCAAAGAGAGCAACAAAGAAGCAGCUGCAGAAUCUAUGACUGGGAAGACGUCUGCAGCAGAAGACCGAGAUGAAGACUCUGAGGAUGACUGUGAUCUGUUUGUCAACACCAACCGUGUCCAGUACCAGUACAGUGAAGAGGAAUCGGAUAGUGAGGAAGAAGGGGAAACAUACAACAAAGAAGCAGCUGCAGAAUCUAUGACUGGGAAGACGUCUGCAGCAGAAGACCGAGAUGAAGACUCUGAGGAUGACUGUGAUCUGUUUGUCAACACCAACCGUGUCCAGUACCAGUACAGUGAAGAGGAAUCGGAUAGUGAGGAAGAAGGGGAAACAUAA